AGAGAAUAUCAGGCGAAUGACAAGUACCGGUACAGCACAGUAAUACGGAGUCCUCCGUAUUACGUAGAACUUAGGCGUACUCUGCCCCACGCAAGUGGAAGAUUUCUCUGUCCUUUUAGGAGCGGCUGGUCGGCCGGCAAAUUCCAUUCUUCUCAGCUGCUCUCUGCCUCCGGCCGACCUUCCUCCUUCUCUGAUCGCAGGAAGAAGGCAGCUCCGCCUCUCACCGCUUUCUUUCCAUUUCUCCACGAACUAUUUCCUUGCUCGGAAAGAGCCACUUUCCGAUCAUAUAUAGAUUACAGAAAACCACAGAUAGGAAGCGUAUAGGUCGAAUUUUUUAGUAUAGAAAGCUCUGUAUUGAAGAUUUGUGAUGGGAUUCAUUUCGGGUAAGGAAACUAGUAGUGGCUGCGGUGACGGUGCCGGUUUGGCUGGUGGAUUGAGAUGCAUCGCGAGGAGGAAGCGGGUUGAUUCUGCAGCUUCCGGCCAUUCAAAGUCUCCCUCUACUUCAAAGUCUUCUGGGAAUGGCAGAGAUCCUCAGUUGGCUAAGGCUUUGAGUGUCCCUCAUCUCAUUGCUAUAGGUGUUGGUUCAACAAUAGGUGCAGGGGUAUAUAUUCUAGUUGGAACAGUUGCUAGAGAGCAUUCUGGACCAGCCCUUGCCUUUUCCUUUUUGAUAGCAGGGAUAGCAGCUGCUCUCUCUGCCUUCUGCUAUGCUGAACUUUCUAGUAGAUGUCCUUCAGCUGGGAGUGCAUACCAUUAUUCUUACAUAUGCAUCGGUGAAGGAGUUGCCUGGUUGGUUGGAUGGGGGCUGAUAUUGGAAUACACGAUUGGUGGUUCGGCUGUAGCACGUGGCAUAUCUCCUAAUCUGGCACUACUCUUUGGAAGUGAAGGCAGUCUCCCAGUCUUUUUAGCUCGUCACACAAUCCCUGGGAUUAACAUUGUGGUGGACCCAUGUGCAGCAUUUCUAGUCUGUAUUGUGACUGGUCUUCUGUGUCUGGGAAUCAAGGAGAGUACAUUGGUGCAAGGAUUUGUCACAACGGCUAACAUAUGUGCCAUGAUUUUUGUUGUUGUUGUUGGGGGAUAUCUCGGAUUUAAAACUGGGUGGCCUGGUUAUGAUCUUCCUGUUGGCUAUUUCCCAUUUGGAGUUGAUGGAAUGCUUGCGGGGGCUUCAACUGUCUUCUUUGCUUACAUUGGCUUUGAUUCAGUUGCUAGCACAGCCGAGGAGGUGAAGAAUCCUCAACGUGAUUUGCCAAUGGGGAUUGGUUUGGCUUUGUCAAUAUGUUGCACCUUGUAUAUGUUAGUGUCAGCUGUAAUUGUAGGUUUAGUCCCCUACUAUGCUAUGGAUCCGGAUACCCCAAUCUCCUCUGCUUUUCAAAACCAUGGAAUCAAAUGGGCAGCCUAUGUUGUAACAAUUGGAGCAUGUACUGCUUUGUGCUCUACAUUGAUGGGUUCUCUCUUACCUCAGCCACGAAUACUUAUGGCAAUGGCAAGGGAUGGGUUGCUUCCAUCAUUCUUUUCAGAUGUGAACAAAAAUACUCAAGUUCCUCUGAAGAGCACCUUAGUAACUGGUUUGUUUGCUGGAACCUUGGCAUUUGUAAUGGACGUUGACCAGUUGUCUGGAAUGGUAAGUGUUGGUACACUUCUCGCAUUCACAAUGGUUGCAAUUUCUGUCCUCGUACUACGUUACGUUCCACCAGAUGAGGUUCCCCUUCCAUCAUCUUUUCAGGACGCAAUAGAUUCAGUAAGUUUGCACUAUAAUAGUGUGAAUGUUGAUGUUAAGAGUAUCAGAACAGAUAUUAUUGCCUCAGAUGAGGCCAUUCCACUGUUACUGAAGGCACCCUUUGCGCAUCCUCUUCUAGAGAAAGCAGCAGCACAACUUAGCAUUUUAGUAAACCAAAGGAGGAAAAUUGCUGGAUGGACCAUCAUGGUCACGUGUCUUGGGGUGCUUGUACUUACUUCUGCUGCUUCGACUGUUGGCAUGCCAAAUUCUGUGAGGUUUACAUUUUCUGGGAUUGGCGGCUUACUAGUACUCUCGGGUCUUGUUGUGCUUAUGAGCAUAGAACAAGAUGUAGCCCGCCACAGCUUUGGACAUUCAGGAGGAUUUGUUUGCCCAUGUGUUCCACUUCUGCCAAUUCUCUCCAUUCUCAUCAAUGUAUACCUGCUGAUAAAUCUUGGUGCUGCAACAUGGGCUCGAGUUGGAAUAUGGCUGUUAAUUGGUAUAUCCAUAUAUGUUCUCUAUGGCCGAAACCACAGCAGGCUGCAAGAUGCCGUUUAUGUACCGGCAGGUCAUGUUGAUGAAAUUUACCAGAGCUCAUCACAAACUCUA